AGAAUCUCAGUGUAUCCUAGUUAACUUGGGCAAGCGCACGCCAGUGUGGUACCCAAGCGUGGCCAGAACCAAAAAGUACCAACCAACGAAAUACAAGCUCGAGAGGAAAAAACGAAUAUACAUAUAGAUAUAUAUUCAAAAACGCCUCUGCUCACUUUCGAUUUUAUUUGAGCGCGAGACGCGACGCCGCUCGCAUCGCCAACUUCUGAAAGAAAAGAAAUUCAAAAGACGCGCGCGACCUGCAUUCGGCAACAACAACCAACAACAUCAUCAACCAUCGAUUGAUUGAGAUUGAUCCAUUCAGCUUUACACACCUCCGGGAGUUACAUUAACAAACAAACAAAAAAAAACACACAUCACAAUUUUAUUUAAAAUUGAUGGACUAGCAAACUGUGGAUUUUUUUUAAUUGCUGCUCUUGCACCUGGAUUCUCUUGCAAACUAGACUUUUCGAACAAAAUAUAUUUUCGUUGAAUAAUGUAUUUUUUAAAAGUUUGUUCUGAACGGAAUAGAAAAUUGGAAAGUGCGUGUGCGUGAGCCGGGCUCAAUUAAAUUAAAAAUUUCGGCGGAGGUGAAAGUGGACCAAAGUGAAAGUUUUUUUUUACAACAUCAUCAUCAUUUUUUUUUCGUAUAAAUAAUUUUACAUUGUUUCGGAGAUUUUCGCCCGUUUUCUGAAUCGUCGAAGAAUUGUUGUAUAAUAUCUACAGUGUGUUCCAACAAAAAUAUGGAUUCUCCCCAAAUGUACGAUAACCAGCAGCAACACCAAACAUCGCAAUCGAUGAAUAAUAACGAGCCCAAGAAAACCGUUAUCAUGAACAACAAUAAUCUUACGACGCUGAACAACAAUACAGGAAAUACUAAGCAGACGACGGCGCUGCUGAAGCAGCACCACCUGCAGCAGUACCAGCAUGGAGAGCUUAGUGACCUGAAUACCCCGGAGAUCUCGCUGGACCUGCAGAACCUGAUCGACGACUCGCACUUUAGCGAUGGACUGUUCAACGAUAUCCUGCAGAAUCAGGGCAAACAUCUGCAGAGUUUGCAUCCCAGGCAGCAGCAGCAGGUGAUGGGCAAUGUGCAGGGUACGAACUACCCGAGGACCACUUUGGCUUACAUGCCACAGCCCGUGCACAGCGGCGCCACCUAUUCCGGAAACCAGAACUCGAACAGCGACUCGAACAGCUCGGUUGGAAGCGACGUUCCCAGCAUCAAGGAGGAGCCCAUCGAUCCCCAGGAGUUCCGCAGGCAGUGCACCAACGCGAUGCUCCCCAACAGCUACCUGCAGAAUGCAAACUACCCCAACUCGAAUGGCGCUACCUUCACCAACCUCACGCCUACCUCCGUCCUGCAACAUCAGCAGAUGAACAUGUCCGCGAUGAAGAAGAACGCGGCUAUGUUGAAUCAUCAUCAUGUUGCGAGGAAAACCAUGAAACCCUGCGACAAGAACAGCGAUGAGUACAGGAGGCGGCGUGAGCGCAACAACAUCGCCGUCAGGAAGAGCAGGGAGAAGGCGAAAGUUCGCACAAGGGAAACCGAGGAGAAGGUUAAGCUACUGCUCAAGGAGAACGAGCGUCUCCAGAAGCGGAUAGAACUCCUCAUGGAGGAGCUGAACGUACUUAGGAACCUCUUCUCGAAUGUCGGCGUCCUCCCCGAGCACGUCCAUCGAGAGAUCAACAAACACUUGGACGCCUUCCAACCCCAGCAGCAUAUGUCUGAGGAUAGACAGAGAAUAAUGGACAUCGUGCACGAUUACGGACCUUAGUCUACACGACCUAAACAAAGUAACAAUUACAAAAAAAAACAAAACUCAGUGUUUAAUAUAUAAAUAACUUAAAGAUAAAUUUUCAUUCUCUUAGUUUGUACAACAAAUUAAUAUAAUUAAUAUAUUUAAAAAGAAAGAAAUAUUAAGUAAAUAAAACGAAUCGAGAGCUUUAAUAUACAAAAAAAAUAGAAACAAUGCGCGCGCGUUAAAUGAAAUAUCGGAACAAUCAAAGUGGCCUUACUUACAAAAAACCGGAAAGUUUUCUUAAACCUUUAAUUCUUCAUUUUCGUUUAUUAUCAUAGAUCUCCUUAUAUAGAAAAAAAAAGAAAAGCAUUGCGGAUUUUACAAAUCCACAGUUACGUGAACGAGAGAGAGAGAUAUUAUUUAUUUUAUAGAUCGUUUUUUUUUAAUUAAUUAUU